AAAAAAAAAAAAAAAGAAAAAAAGAAAAAUGAAAAAAGAAAGAAAGAAAGAAAAAGAAGAGAAGGAGGAGAUAUUGAAAAAAAGGAUGAGGAAAAAAAAAUGUCUGAAAUCCAAAACUAAACCAGACCUAUAUAUGGGGGAAAAAGAAGGCAAGAAAGGAAAUGAAGAUACUGAUAGGAGAUUUCUGAGUGUUAUUCCAAAGACAUUCCAGCUUGGAGGUGAUAUGAUGGAAGAUUGACGAGGAUCGUGUUCUGAACUUGAAACCACUCCAGUAAGAGGACUAAAUUUAUUGAGGUAGUUUGGAAGCCAAAGAGGAAACAUGGGCUAUUUGCUGAUGGUGGCAGUGGAUAGUGCCUGGAAAGUAUCUAAUUACAUUGCAGCCAAUGGUGGAUUAUGCAUGCACCCCAGAGGAAGUUCAGCAGCAUUUCCAAUCUUGUGGUACAGUGAACAGAGUCACUAUUUUGACUGAUAAGUAUGGUCAGCCGAAGGGUUUUGCUUAUGUUGAAUUUCUUGAAGUGGAAGCUGUCCAAGAGGCUCUCCUUCUUAAUGAAUCAGAAUUACAUGGUCGCCAAUUGAAGGUCUUGGCCAAACGAACCAAUGUUCCUGGUAUGAAGCAGUUUCGUCCUAGGCGCUUCAACCCAUACAUGGGGUACCGAUUCAGGAGACCUUAUAUUCCCCCAUAUGCUUACUCUCCAUAUGGAUAUGGGAAGGUUCCCAGGUUUAGAAGGCCAAUGCGUUUCAGGCCUUACUACUGAUGGACUUUGUUCAUUUUAAGACAAGAUAGAUAAAUAGAGAAGCUCUAUUGGAGGAACACUUCCCUUGUAAGACAUUGGAGAUAACUAUUUAGACCUUAGAUCUUUAUUGCUAUAUUGAUAUCAUUUAGCAUGGAUUGUAUUGGAUUAUGAAUUUGAAUAUAAGAUCUCCGUCAGGCCUUACUUGAAUUUA